UUUCUUGUUGCUACGGUAACGCCGUUCCAUCCUUCGAGCGCUGACGACGCCAGUGCGCCUGCGUGCUACCUCACGCUCGCAUUUAUUCUUCUAUCUGCAAGCAAAGGUCUCUUUUAGGAGCUAGCGAGAAAUCAAAGCGGCGUGUUUACGUUUGGAGGGGAGGGCUCUCCGUCACCACUGCUCAAACCCCAAACAACACCCUUUCUGUCCCGUCCAUCUAAAAAAAAAAAAGGAAAAUAUGGCGCUCAUCCCUUCCCAGGUCCUUAGGCUAGCGAUCCUUCUCGCCUACUUCUCCAUCCUGUGCAACUACAAAGCCAUCGAUAUGCCCGCUCACCAAACUUAUGGGGGCAGCUGGAAGUUUCUAACAUUCAUAAACCUGGUUAUACAAGCCGUUUUCUUUGGAGUCUGUGUGUUGACUGAUCUGUCAAGUCUUCUUACAAAAGCGAGUGAAAACCAAGAACAAGAAAGACAACUAAGGAAGCUCAUUGGUCUUCGUGACUGGAUGAUGGCCGUGUUAGCAUUUCCUGUGGGAGUGUUUGUUGUGACCAUGUUUUGGGCCUUAUACCUGUAUGACCGAGAUCUGGUGUACCCUCGGCUCUUAGACAACUUUAUUCCACAGUGGCUAAAUCAUGGGAUGCAUACAACUGUCCUGCCAUUUAUUUUAAUUGAGAUGAGAACAACACACCAUCAUUACCCCAGUAGGCUUUGUGGACUUGUGACAGUAUGUAGCUUUGCUGUUGGAUACGUGCUAUGGAUGUGUUGGGUUCACCACAUGACUGGCGUUUGGGUUUAUCCGUUAUUGGAGCAGAUUAGUCCAGUGGCCAGAAUUAUCUUCUUUUCACUUAUGACAGCUUUCAUUAACAUGUAUUACAUUCUUGGGGAAAUUCUGAACAACUAUAUCUGGGACUCACCAAAAAGUUUUCAUGAAACUGACAAAAUAAAAGGAGACUGAAUGGAGCUUGAAAAGACAAAGUGCUCUCACUCUUUUCGGUGAUGAAGGACUUGUGCUAUUCUGCUUUCUUUCGAGACUGAGGCUGCACAACCAGGGCUUCCACACACAGACUUUUCUCUGAUUUGUGCUAUUUGGAACGUAACAAGGAGCCUGCAGAAAGGGGGUGACACAAGCUGCUUUAUGAAUGGUAAGACACACUCUGAGAGGCACCGGAGGAAAUAUAAUCAAGAUGGAGGACACCUUGGCGUUAAAUAUUCACCAGUCAGUGUUUAACCGUCAGACCAAGCUCUGUUUUUAUUUAGAAGUGUGUUGUGUCAAACAUCUAUUGCUUUUAUUAUAUUGUAAUGUAGUCCCUCUUAGCUGAAUUUGAUGGCAAUGGCUGUAACAUAUAAAUCUCAUACCAUAUGUAGGUCACUUAUUUAUAAAUGUAUCAUAAUAAAGUUAUUUUUUGUCUUUACUUCAGAAAGAAGCCUUCUCCUGAU